AAGAGAGAAGAUAGAUCGUGCGCUCCAACCCUCAAAUAUUUCAAACCCUCCCCCCUUUUGGAAUUCCCUCUGCAUUUCGAAUUCCCAAUUCAUCCACUCUCACUAUUUUGCCCUUGAUAACCCCCCCCCCAUUCCCUCCAAACUGGGAUUUUUAGGAAUCGAAUUCUGUUUCUCCCUCUCUUCUCCAAUUCCCAGCCCUGGUUUAUGAACUUUCGUAUUGUGAGAAAAGAUGCGAACCGUAAAGAGGGAGAUAUUUAACCGUAACAAUCGGAUUACACAGAGCAGUGAGCAGAACGCCUGUGAGGCACGCGAUGCAGCGGAUAACAGCGGAGCCGAGGACGCUUUUGUUAAGCGCAGGGUUCUUCGCUCCAAGUACCUCAUCUUCAAAAACCGAAUAUGCGAUGAGAGGGAUGAUAUAUCAAAAGUUGAUUCUCAAAAGUUCAGAACAUUUAUUGAAGAAGUAGAUAGCUUGCAUCAGCUAGUACAAAAGCCCAGGGAGCAAGUAGCAGAUGCUGAAGCUCUGUUUGACAUUACAAAUACAUUGGUGACCUCUGUUAAAGCAUAUAACAAUGAUGGCUUAACGCCUUCAGAUUUUGUUAGCUGUCUUCUUAGAGAUUUUGGAAAAGAAGGUGGACCAAGUAGUAACCGAAAUGAGCAAAGUGGUUCGAUAAGAUGGGAAGACAUUGGACAAGUUGUCUCUGUUGUUUUCAGCAGUGCUCCUGGUUGUCGUACAAUGAUUGGCCCCAUGAACACUGAAUUAAAGGAGCGUAAGACUGUGGUUCAUAGAAAGCGCGCAAAACCAACGAAAAAUUCCCGGCCAGAAGAGCUUGAAAACGACAGUGGCGAGAAAACGGAUACUGAUAAGAAUAUGGCGACUAUGUUUAAUGUCUUGAGGAAGAAUCGCAAGGCCAAGCUCGAAAAUCUAAUAUUAAACAGGAAGUCGUUUGCACAAACUGUGGAAAAUUUAUUUGCUCUAUCAUUUCUUAUAAAAGAUGGGCGUGCUGAGAUUUCAGUGGACGGCACUGGACGACAUCUGGUUUCCCCAAAGAAUGCUCCUAGUGCUGAUGCAAUUCAAUCUGGCGAGUCUGCUUAUAGUCAUUUUAUAUUCAGAUAUGACUUUAAGGACUGGAAGGCAAUGUUGGAUUCUGUUGCUGCCGGGGAGGAACUCAUGCCCCACAGACUCGAGGCAAAUGAAGCUAGAAGUAACGUUGAACCAGACUCAGAGUUUGAUGGAUCCCAAGCUGCACAGCCUUCAACUCCUAUAAGGAAAUUGUGUAGGAACCGAGGUUUGGUUAUACAGGAGCAGACUGUUGUGGAAGAUUCACCUGAAAGUGACACUAAUACAACUACUGAAAGGACUGCUGCCAUUCGUAGAGGAAAGCGAAAAUUAAGAUGAUACAUUGACAAAACUCGUAAGGUGCAUUCUUGGGUGUCAUGCAAAACUGAACAAAUGGUUAGUUUGUUCGUGCUGUGCUGGGAUUUGGUAUGCCAAUCUCUCCUUGGCUCGAGCGUCAAGUAGUUAUUAUUGUUUUUUUUGGAUUGUUAAAAUGAGUAGAAAUUUGAAGACUGCUUGAUGUAGUUGUUGUUUUAUUUCUCGUAGAUUUGCAUAGUUUGGCUUAUCAGUUCUCUCUAUCAUUACUAUUGUUUGUCCUUUCUAGAAUGCUGUAGUAGCAGUUGAGGCUGGCAUUAUUCUGGAUGUAUAUUAACGGUUCUAGAAACUUACAUUAAUAUUAUGCAUGUUUGUCCAA